AUGGAUGGAGCACUAAUAUGGUUUUUAUUGGCAGGUUUAGGCUGUCUUGCACUGGCGUCCAUUAUCAUCAAUACAGCCAUGGUUAUGAUACUCUUUCGCUCACGCUAUGUCAUGUCCCUCCAAAACAUCCUAUAUAUCCAUUUAGCAAGCUCAAACCUAAUCUACGGCAUUCUCACUUUGGCACAAAUCGUAUCACCAAUUACAGCAUGGGCGAAUUGGCUUGAAGUAAGUUUUCAAAAGUUGGAGCAGCUUUCCUCUCAGCGACAAAAAACUGGAUCAGAAGACGAUGCUAUACAAUGUCGACUGAUUGCUAUUACGACUCAUUUCUUUCAAAUGCUGUCACUGUGCACGCUGGUUGCAAUCGCAAGACAUCACAGCCUAGUGUAUGCUUCAUUACAAGAAAAAUACCGAUUUAAAUCCUCGUUACUCCAAACUCAGUCUUUGGCACCGUUUCUUAAACCAAACAAAGAGUCUCGGUCGAAAAUAUCAACAGUCUAUCGAUCCAAUAUUGCACUCUGGAUAGCAAUACUUUGGAGUUUUGCAUUUGCUAAAAGCCUGUUGGUUGUUUUGGGCAGUGCACACUAUACCUUUUCUCUUGCACAGAAAUUCUGUGUGACUUCAUUCAAUGAUUCAACCCAGCCAGGAAAAACACUACACUCUAUCGAGGCAAUAGGAUCACUUGUAAUGGCAGCAGUCAUUAUCCGUUGGUAUAUGAUUACUGCAUCAUCCCAUUCAAAAAGCACAGAGUACAAUACUUUGCAUGAAUCAAGCAUCAAUCAGCUCGACCUUCAGCAACAUCAGAAUCGGGCUUCUCAACACCCCCACAAGAAUCGAAACGCCCUACGCAUCUCGAUUGCAGGCAUUCUUGUGCUUUUCACCAAAUCCAUUAUCAUGGCAUAUGAAAUUCACCAGGGCAAGCCAAUCUCUCUUGCUUGGUUAGGAUUAAUAGUAGAUCCAGGGUUUGGGAUUAUCUACACUCUAAUUACAGGCGUCAUGUUUUUUAUACUGCAUAGACGAGUCAUGAGAAAGAUGCUUGAGCAUGUUGUACGAUCAACUGGAUCCCCUAAUCUACACGCAUCAACUAGCUCUGAAAACCAAUAUUAUACUGGUAAACCCUCAAUUACUACGCAGAUCUCGCCUCGGCCAGUCAAGCUGUCUGAGCCAUUUGACUUUAAUAGAUACCCUAUAAACCAAAGUCGCCCCUUAUCCGCUCUUGUCGACAAUUACCAACAGUCUAUACAGACUACACCAGUAAAAACCCAAUCAAUAUUUCAGAAAUCUGUCACAGCGUCUCUGCCCAACUCUACUCCAAUCCUCAACCAACAACAGCGUUCCAACCACACUAAAUUAUCAACGGCCGUUCAUCUCGAAAACAAUGUCGAGUACUCAUCAACGUUAUUACAAUCGAUACCCUCACUCUAUACGAAAACAGAGCUGAAAGCCCCUGUCGCGCAGGAUUCCAGUCAAUCACCUCGCACAACUGCCAUUGUAAUGACCCAAAUAUACCCUGUAUCACCACAUAGACUAGCAGUUCAUUCGCAGCCACUACAAUACAAAUCACCAGAUCAUAAUAAGCUUAAUUCAUCAGAAACAGCAUCUCCCACAUUGACAAAAUCAAAAAGCUAUACACCAAACGCAGUUGUAGACCAGAGCUCGCAAACGGUUUUAAAACCAACAUUGGCAUCUCAGUCACUGCUCGGAUCUAGUAUAGAUCAAUUAAAUACCAGACACGUUGGUACUAGAAAGCGUGGUGCUGGACUGGCUUUACAGCAAGCACCACCUUAUAGCAUAGUUUGA